GCCACUGAGUCGCACUUCCGGUUGAAGGUCGUCGCUUUCUAAGCUGACGCUGUCUGAGUCAACAUUGGGAUUCACAGAAAGUAUUUGUACGGUAUUGGUUUUAUGUCUAUGAACAGUGCGAGUAGUUUACGUACUAGAAAAGGAAUUGUUAUUACUUUAAAUAGAAUUGGGUAUAAAUUGUUGCUUGUUGAUCGGCAGGCUUAACAGUGUUGAACCGGUGUUGUUGAAGUGAUGCAACAUGGCAGCAACUCCUCUUAAUAGGUGUCUUCUGUCAGCACUGAGGAGACACACUCGGUGUCAGAGCCGUGGACUUAACUCUUUGGCCGAGAGGACGGUAUGCCGCGUGUCCUCUACGGCGGUAUCUAGCCACCGGAGAGCCGAGGGGAGCACUGGCCUGGACCGGGUACCCUCGGUGGAGUGGGACAGAAAAAGCUCCUCUCUGCUCGUGUCGCUGUCCGUGGGUCUGGGACUCUGUGGCGCGGGGCUUCUUGUCAGUGACAAAUAUAAAAACGUCAAGGACGGAGGAGACUCGAUAUCAGGGCGCUUUCUUGAACUCGUGCUGUCAUCAGCCGAAUGUGCUUCUCCAUCUAGACCGGACAGCCCCCGUUUCAAAUACAACUUUAUUGCAGAUGUGGUCGAGAAAUCCACUCCAGCUGUCGUCUACAUUGAAAUCGUGGGGAGACAUCCGUUUUCAGGCCGAGAAGUCCCAGUUUCAAAUGGCUCUGGAUUCAUCAUUAGCAGCGAUGGUCUCAUUGUAACUAAUGCUCACGUUGUGGCCAACAAGAAAGGCGUCCGCGUGAAGCUCACCAACGGAGAGACGUACAAUGCCACUGUGAAAGAUGUGGAUCCAGUGGCAGACAUCGCCACCAUCAAAAUCUCUGCAAAGAGUCCGUUUCCCACGCUCGCCCUCGGUCGGUCGUCUGAUGUUCGACAAGGAGAGUUUGUGGUCGCCAUGGGGAGCCCGUUCUCUUUACGUAAUACAAUCACGUCGGGAAUCGUCAGCUCGGUACAGAGAGGCAGUAAGGAGCUGGGCCUGUCCAAUUCCAACAUGGACUACAUUCAGACUGAUGCAGCCAUAGAUUUUGGAAAUUCUGGAGGGCCCCUGAUUAACUUGGAUGGUGAAGUCAUUGGAAUAAACACAAUGAAGGUCACUGCAGGGAUCUCUUUUGCUAUUCCAUCAGAUCGCCUCAUGCUUUUUCUUGACCAAGCAGCAAAAAAGAAGGAUUCUCGGUCCAGUGAAUCGGCGACAAAGCGGCGGUACAUUGGCGUGAUGAUGCUGACACUGACACCGAGCAUCAUUGCAGAGUUGAAGUUGAGGGACCCAUCCUUCCCAGACGUCACGUAUGGCAUCUUGAUUCACAGAGUGAUUUUGGGCUCACCAGCAAACAGAGCUGGCAUGCUACCGGGAGACAUCGUGGUGGAGAUUAACGGAGUGAAGGUGAACACCUCAGAGGAGAUCUACCAGGCCGUCCGCAGCGGCGACAAAAUCACCACAGUGGUGCAGAGAGGACACCAGCUGCUUCGGCUUCAAAUUACUCCAGAGUGCACCGAGUGAAUCACUGCGCAAUUUAAUUUUCAUAUUAACAUAAGUGUGAGACGGUCACAUGAACAGUUUAUGCUUUUGAAGUCUUGAGCUCCAGUAUUGUAUGGAUUUUGGUAAUCUGUGAAUCUGCCAAUUCCCCAAAAAUAGCUAAACAGUCCACU